GGUUUGAACUCAAUAAAGAGCAAGGGGUGGGCAGUGAGUCCCGAUUGCUGCAUCGCCACUCAACACCUAGUGAAACUGAUGUACACUGGUACCCGGGAGACUGGCAUCCAACCUCUCAGUGGACCAUUAAAACAGGAAGAGAGUAGAGAGACCGGCUCAUUCAGACAGCGUAAGACUGGCAAAGUCCUUGGGAUUGCGACAAGAAAACCCCUACCUCUAUAAAGAGAACACCCGUAUAAAAAGAGCAUCACAUACUGUGCAGUACACUCAAAAUAGACCGUUUUGUUGGUAGGUGUGGAAAAAUUAGAAGGAAAAACAGCUGAAUUCGGGAUAUUUCACUUCUUCAUAUAGAAACGAAGACUGUUCAUCAUAUUGUCUGUUCCAGUGACUUUCUUUCAUAAAAAUCAAAGCUUCAUUUAAAGGAGGUACUGCUGGGCGUGAGGAUGAACGGCAGCCAAUCAAACCGGUCUCUGAAGUGUGUGCGUGACACCAGCGUGACGGCGGUGGUCUUCCCCUGUCUCUACAGCGCCCUCUUCCUGUUUGCGCUGGUACUCAACUGCCUGGCUGCAUGGAUCUUCUUCAACAUCCGUAGCACCACCACCUUCGUGGUCUACCUGAAGAACGUAGUGGUGGCAGACCUGCUGAUGACCCUGUCCAUCCCGGUGAAGGUCCUCGCGGACACCGACGUGGGCUCCUGGCGUCUGCGUGCGUUCUACUGUCGCUACUCCGCCGUCCUCUUCUACACCACCAUGUACAUCAGCAUCCUGCUGCUGGGGCUCAUCAGCCUGGACCGCUACCUCAAGAUAGUCAGGCCCUUUGGGAAGUGCAUCCUCCAGAGGGUUGGGGUGGGACAGGCCUUGAGUGUGGCCGUCUGGGCUGUGAUGGUGUCUCUGGCUCUGCCCAAUACCAUUCUGAGUGACCGUACACCGUCGGGUUCUCCUGGUCGGCUGAAGUGUACCUCUCUAAAGGGUGAGGCCGGUAUGCUGUGGCACGAGGGCUUCAACUACUUCUGCCAGGUGGUGUUUUGGGGAACGCUGGCUCUGAUGCUGUUGUGUUACACCUUCAUCAGUCGUAAAGUCUACGAGUCCUACAAAGCCUCGCGUAGUGGCUCCAACGCGGCCAGCCGCAGGACCAAGGCCAAAGUCUUUGUGGUGGUGGUGGUGUUUUUCGUUUGUUUCGCCCCUUUUCAUUUCGCCAGAGUGCCCUACACUCUUACCCAGACCCGAAAAACAGCCAACCACUGCUGGGCGCAGAACGCGCUCUACGUUGCCAAGGAGACCACUCUCUGGCUCUGUGCCACUAACGUGUGUCUGGACCCGCUGAUCUAUGUGUUCCUGUGCAGGGUGUUCCGAAAAAGAUUGACAGACGUGCUCAAUCGCAAGCCCCGCCCCCAGGGUGCUUUGGAGUCGCCCACAGCAACCUCUACACAUUUGGAGAUGUCACAGAUGGUGAAUAACAGAAUACUGGAUGUCAGCUUGGCCUAGAAGCACAACAAUGUACAUUAUUUUGUAGUUUAUUUUCCCCUGUUGAAUUGUAGAUGUAACUUGGCCUGAUGUUAACCCCUGUUAUUUUGUAGUUUAUUUUCCCCCAGCCUGUUGAAUUGUAGAUGUAACUUGGCCUGAUGUUAACCCCUGUUAUUUUGUAGUUUAUUUUCCCCCAGCCUGUUGAAUUGUAGAUGUAACUUGGCCUGAUGUUAACCCCUGUUAUUUUGUAGUUUAUUUUCCCCAGCCUGUUGAAUUGUAGAUGUAACUUGGCCUGAUGUUAACCCCUGUUAUUUUGUAGUUUAUUUUCCCCCAGCCUGUUGAAUUGUAGAUGUAACUUGGCCUGAUGUUAACCCCUGUUAUUUUGUAGUUUAUUUUCCCCCAGCCUGUUGAAUUGUAGAUGUAACUUGGCCUGAUGUUAACCCCUGUUAUUUUGUAGUUUAUUUUCCCCCAGCCUGUUGAAUUGUAGAUGUAACUUGGCCUGAUGUUAACCCCUGGACAGAUUGUGACCAGAGUAAAGCCUUCAAAACAUCUUUGGAUAAGUGGCUCUUUUGACUAAGACAAUGUUGCAGGUCUAAUAGGCUAUAAACAGCAGUGUUCCCACAUCACCUCUGUGAUAGCCCAUUGUGUUGAAGAGCAUUCUGAAACAAAAUGGCUGGUGUGACAUUAGAUAACCAAACUGCCUCGGGAGUUUUUCCAAAUAUCAUGUUAAAAAUCAUCCACAAGAGACAAUCCAGGCGAAUAUGUCCAUCAAGUCAUUGUCUUUCUCCUCAGCGUAGCUUACUGUCGAGCUCUCACUUCCCUUUCUCUAAUCUUCUCCUAACUGUACCUUCCUUCUUCAUUCAUUUCACCAGAAAGGAAAACAACUUGACUGAGCGUUUUUAGAUAAAAGUGAGUGUGACAAUUACAUGCAUGAAAAAUAUAAUGUUAUUUGUGUGUAUCGUAUGGGGCGAUACAGUCAUGAGUUAAAGUUCAUUUACAAUCUAAAUGUUGUACAAAAACACAUUAACACACACACGACAUACACAUUUCAUGCAAAGUCCAAUCUGUACACAAAUACUGAAGGGGAAGAAUGGUUGGUUUAAUAAAGAUUCAAAGUUA